AGAAGACACAACUGGUCUCAACCCCUUAGCGCUGAUCGGUUUUGCUGUAAACGCACGAAAAAUACUGUCUGAAUAGCCUCACUUCUGGUCAGUUAAACUCUUUUAUAUACAACAUUUUUCAAGCAUUAGUUUCUUGUAGGAACGACCAAAAACGAAGCACCAUCCAGUUUUUGUUGACGAAGAUCACCGUGUGCCACAUCGCCAUUUUGAGACAACAAUCCUGGUAAAAUCUUCUGAUCGAAGUAUUUCCUCCUCCACCACAUCUGUGAUGAUGCAGCAAUCUAAUCAGGGGGCUCUGCAGACGGUCAUGAAGCCUCUGGAGGAUGGGCUGCUGUCCUUCAACCGCCUGUCAGAGAUGCUCCUCAGUAUAAAUGCAGACAUCGUCACUCCUGGAUGUCAGACCUUUGAUGACUUCAGAAAAGAGAUUAAAGAAAUGGAGCAUAACUUGAAAGAGUCAGAGCAGGGAGCCAGUAAGGAGCUACAGGAUCUUGAUAAGAAGACUGAGACUCUCACUGCAGAUAAAAAUGAUUUAGAGAGAAAGAGACAGGAUCAAGAUGCUGAGUUAAAAAAAUUAAAAACUAGUCUGGACUCAUAUGAGUCUACUUUAAAGAUGUACACUGAAUCUCGGGAGACUCAGCUGAAAAACCUGGACUCUGCAAAACAGACCCUGAGAGAAAUGGAAGGGAAAAUACAGGAAGCACAGACAAUCAGGGAUGUUGGCAUUGGUCUAAUGUUCAUCCCAAUUGUUGGAUGGAUUGCAGGGGCAACCAUGAUUGGUGUUGGCGAAACAGAUUUAAGCUCAGCCAGAGAUCAAGUAAACAGAGCUCAUGAGGAGGUAAAGAAAUCUGACGAUGAGAUAAACAAAAGCAAUCAAAAGAUAUCUGAGUACAACGAAUUAAUUUGUAAAGCUCACAAGGAAACCGAAGAGGUCAACAGGAAAAUUGGUGUGAAUGAAGCAGAACUGCAGGCUUUGUCUGAGAAACGGAAAACUGUUGGAGACCUUCAGGGUAAAACUAGAGAAGUUUUCCAUCAUUUGGGGCUUCUCUCUGGGGUGGGGAGUGCAGCUGAGCUGCAGACCAGAAGGCAGAUUCUGGUGGAGACCAUAAUGAAGGUGACAAAUGAAUUGACACCAGUGCUGACCCAGAUUAUGGGAGAUGGUCUGCUGCCGACUGAAGGCUUAAAAAGAAUAAUGGAGCACAUGGAAACUAACAACAGAAAGCUAAAAGCAAAUAUAAGUGAAAAAAAUAAAGAUUUUUACUGAUAUGAACAGGGUAUGUCAAGGUUUCUCAUCAUAACACCAUGAAAUUCCCAGUAUUCUAAUUUCUUUAAAUUAGAUUAGAUUAAACGAAAAAAAAAACUGCUGAUUGAUUGAAUUGAAAUAAUUGUGCCUCUGUCACAUAUCUGUCUACCGAUACAUGCAGAGCCAAAAUAGAGAGAAAAAGACUUGUUUCAUUUACAAAUUUGGACAUUAUUUCUUUUUGUUAUGUCAUCUUUGAGUUACUUUUCAUAAAUGUAUGUAUAUGUUGGUUUGGUUGUAUUAAAGGUUAAAGGCUUGAUUCUGUUCUAUCAGCCAGAGUCUAGAGUGAUGCUCUCACUUUUCAGUAUAUCUUUGAUUUUUCUUUGUUUCCAAGCACUUUUACUUGUCUCAAACCACUGUGACAUUUGUUUUUCAUCUGUAAGCAGUUGGAAUAAAAUGUAAAACUACAUUUCCCA